AUGAUAGCUCAGAUAUAUGUAGAUGAUAUUGUCUUUGGAGGCAUGUCAGACCACAUGGUAGAACAUUUUGUUCACCACAUGAAAUCUGAGUUUGAAAUGAGUCUGGUUGGUGAAUUAAAUUACUUCCUGGGGUUGCAAGUAAAACAGAUGGAAGACUCCAUGUUCAUCUCACAGAGCAAGUAUGCUAAAGAACUAGUUAAGAAAUUUGGACUUGAAGGUUCAACUCAUAAGAGAACUCCUACAGCAACCCAUAUCAAGCUAACUAAAGAUGAAAGUGGAACUGAUGUUGAUCAAAGCUUAUAUCAAGCUGCACCUAAAGAGAGUCAUCUGAUUCAAGUCAAAAGGAUUAUAAAGUACAUUAAUGGAACUACUGAUUACAAAAUCUUUUAUGGUCACAACUCUAAUUCCAAUUCGAUAGGCUACUGUGAUGCAGAUUGGGCAGGAAAUGCAGAUGACAAAAAAAGUACUUCAGGAGGAUACUUCUUUCUUGGAAAUAAUCUCAUAUCUUGGUUCAGCAAAAAGCAGAAUUGUGUCUCUUUAUCUACUGUUGAGGCUGAGUAUAUAGCUGCUAGUGUGGAUGUACUCAACUAUUAUGGAUGA